AAAAAUAAUAAUUUCGAAAGGGUGAAUUUUAUCUUUUUUUUAUCGAUGUGAAAUACAAAAUUAUUCGUUUUCAAAAUUAUUCCAUACAAUGAGUGACACGAGAAAGCUUUCAGCGUACAACUAUAUUCGAGAUUUCGAACUAGAUAAUUCAAUUUUGGCCGACAUUUCACAACGACUAUUGAGCGAUAUUAAUAAAGGUCUCUCCAGACAUGGACAUGAAAACUCCAGCGUUAAAUGUUUUCAAACUUACGUACAAGAUUUUCCAACGGGAGAAGAAACGGGACGUUACUUAGCAUUAGACUUGGGAGGUACGAAUUUCAGAGUAUUAAUGAUUUCACUCGGAAAUGCGAAGAAAUUUCAUAUGGAGAAAAAAACCUACGAGUUUCCGAACGAUUUAAAAAAAGGAACCGCAGAAAAAAUGUUUGAUUACGUUGCGGAAUGUGUUAACGAUUUUUUGAAUCAUCUAAGAACUAAAAUGGAAGUCAACGAAUUGUUUCCAUUGGGUUUUACGUUCAGUUUUCCAGUUCAACAAAUGGGAUUAAAUGUUGGUAUCAUGAUGAAAUGGACUAAAGGUUUCAACGUGUCAGGAGUUGUUGGUAAAGAUGUUGUUCAACUUCUAAGAGAAUCAUUCCAGAGGAAAAAAAUUCACGAUCAUUUAACUCCAGUUGCUAUUUUAAACGAUACCACAGGCACGCUCAUGUCAUGUGCUUGGAAUAAACCAGAUACUCGAGUAGGAUUAAUCGUUGGAACUGGUACUAAUGCAUGUUACACUGAAAAAAUCGAAAACAUCGAGUUUUUCGACGGUGAUCCCGCAAAACCAUACAUGAUAGUUAAUACCGAAUGGGGUAACUUUGGAUCUGAUGGACGAUUAAAUGACAUUUUGACCGAAUACGAUAGGAAUCUCGAUAGUUAUUCGUCUCACGUUAACGAACAAAUUUACGAAAAAUUAAUAUCAGGAAGAUAUUUAGGCGAAUUGAUGCGGUUAAUUAUAGUAAAAAUGAUCAACGAUGAACAUCUCUUUCAAGGAAAGUACGCCGAACAAUUUUCAACCAGAUUUUCUUUGAAAACUGAAUUCUUAUCGAAAAUAGAAAGAGAUUGUCCAGAAAAAUAUGGAGAAACUAAGAAACAACUGAAAGAAAUUGGAGUAGAAAAUUGCUGUUUAGAAGAUUUAAAAAACCUCCGCGUAAUCGCAGAAGCCCUCAGUACCCGAUCAGCAGCUUUGGUGUCCGCUGGUGUCGCUACUAUACUUAAUAAAAUGGCCGUAACGCCAGUAACAGUCGGCGUUGACGGGUCGCUUUAUCGAUAUCAUCCUAAAUAUAAAGAAAUCAUGCAGGAAAAAAUUAGAUGUUUGACAGAUUCAAGGAUAGAAUUUCAGCUGAUGCUUUCUGAAGAUGGAAGUGGGCGAGGGGCUGCUCUAGUAGCAGCAGUACUAGUAUGUAAUCAAGCACCUCGGGACAUCGAUAAUCAACUGUAACGAUUACCAAAAUUUUGAAUACGUAACGUAAAUUUUGUAUCAAAUCUCAAGUAAAUUUUCAUGCUGAAAGUUUUAACGCGAAUUUCCAACUUACCGAACAAAAAACAUCAUAGCAAAUAGACGAAAAUUGCUUUAAUCAUAAAUACAAACUUUUUUUUAGAAUAAAACAACGUUCAAUAUCGAAA